CAUUAACAUUUUUGCCCCAGAUUUCAUUUGGAUUCUUUCCAAUAAUUUGUUUAUGUCACCAAGGCCUUGGUCGAUCGGUAGUUGUCCAAAGAAACCCAUCCAUGGGUGCAUCGGAGUCGGCUCUCUCAAGCUCACAGAGGUCGGGAGAUGAGAUUACAACGGUUUCGGAGCGGGUAAAAGGUGCAGAUCCGAUCCUGGAGAGGCUAAGUUCCCUCCAAAUUUCCAGCCCAAUCCUGACGGCGCCGCCGCAGGAGACUAGUCUGACGGACAUUUUGGUGAGAAAGACGCCAUCUGCUUCGAAUUCAGGUUGCAUAGACCCAAAAGUUCUAUUGGAUCUCUUUAGUAUGUACCGCGACUGGCAAGAAGAUAAGGUCCAGAAGAUCAAUAAAAAACAGGAAGAGAUAGAUAACAAGAUUGAAGUUGCAGAUGCAUUGGCAAUUAAGCUCCUUCAGCGAUACAACUAUUCAGCCUCCGCAAUGAAAGCAACUUCACAACAUCUAUCCGGAGUGCACUCUUUGCAGGUUGAACUUGGAGAGCUGAAAGGGAGAUUGACUGAGUUAAUCAGCAAUUGUGAUGCAUUGUGCAAGAGAAUUGAUGAUGAUGGUCCAGAUUUGCUUCGAUCUUCUGUCAAACGAUUCACAGCAGCCUCUGUAAAACUAGAUGCUGCUCCCGGAUCGGCUUCUUUACAACAAACAGACUCCAACUGCGGCCAAUAGUUUUUCUUUGCCCGGUUUCUUUCACUUUUUCCGGUUUUAUUUGUAAUUUAUAAAUAUAUGUCCAUUGUACUUCCCCGUUUCUCAUCUCUCCCCAUAAAAGAUAGUACGGAGUACCACUCAGUCUUAGAUGACUCUGUUAUUUGCGAGUUCUGUUCCAUCAAACAUAGUGUAAAAAAAAAAAACUAGUUAUACUUUCUAUUAUUUAUAAAUGGCCAUCAAUAAUGAUUUGUGGCAUCU